GUGGAGACCGGAUAUAGUGAAUGCAGGGUCCGGGGAGACCGGAUAUAGUGAAUGCAGGAUCCGGGAGACCGGAUAGAGUGAAUGCAGGGUUCGGGGAGACCAUAUAUAGUGAAUGCAGGGUCCGGGGAGACCGGAUAUAGUGAAUGCAGGGUCCGGAGAGACCAGAUAUAGUGAAUGCAGGGUACGGGGAGACCGGAUAUAGUGAAUGCAGGGUCCGUGGAGACCGGAUAUAGUGAAUGCAGGGUCCGUGGAGACCAGAUAUAGUGAAUGCAGGGUCCAGGGAGACCAUAUAUAGUGAAUGCAGAGUCCUGUGCCCCAUGAAGAUGAUGCAGCGUCUGUCUUUGUGUUGGAUUCUUGAAAACAAUAUCAGUGGUCACGGGAAUAUCAUCCAACUGUUGUCCAACCAGCUUGGA